AUGUCACAACACCGCUCGAAAAAAGCGGCGGACGCCAAGGAGAAAUCAGAUUUCUUUACAGCCCGCACACCUCAACACAAACCUGCGAGUCAGCAGGCCCAAGAUGGCGCCGAGUCCGACACGGAUAGUGAGUGCAUAGCGGGUAUGGCGAUAAGCAAGCAGACUCUGCAGCAAAUGCUGGUCGAACUUGCAAGCAAAAUGCAAACCACAGUCCACACGGCAGUGGCUGAUCUAAGAAAAGAUAUUGCUGACCUAGGCAACCGGAGCAACCAAGUGGAGGAAUUCACAGCAGCCCAUGAUUCCAUGGCAGAUAAAGUGGAGGAACUAGAAUCCAGGUUAGAACACUAUGAAAACAAACGAAUGGACCUGGAAGAUCGCUCCCGCCGCAACGAUCUCAGGCUCAGGGGCAUACCGGAGGAGGUGCGACCACAGGAGCUGAGAGCAUAUGCAACAGAGUUUUUCUGCUCCAUACUGCCUGAUAUACCAACAGACAUGCUGAUCCUAGAUAGGAUACACAGAGUCGCUAGACCCAUGCACCUACCCCCCUCCACCCAAUGA